GUAAUUCAAGCAUCGUGUCAGAAAUUGCCCCGCAAAAACCUUGGAAAAGAGCUGGCAUUAACCGUAUCACGAUAACAGCCGUUGAUAUGUGCGUCUUAUCCACGGUGUCAACUGUUAAGCGAGUUGCAGAAGCAUUCGGUUAUAGAAGCAAUCCAUUUUGACUCUCUCUCUCUCUCUCUGAUUUGUGGUUAACCUCUCAAGAAAAGCGAGACAGAAAUUCACAGAUUUUCCCGGAGAGAUGGGAAACACAUGCUGUAUGCUUUGUGGUUGCGUCGACCAGGCUACCGUAGGGGUUGUGGAGAGGUGGGGCCGCUUCGAAAAGCUGGCUGAGCCUGGGCUUCACUUCUUCAACCCCUUUGCCGGCCAGUGGCUCGCCGGUGUCCUCUCCACCAGGAUCCGCUCCCUCGACGUUCGCAUCGAGACCAAAACCAAGGACAAUGUCUUUGUGCAAUUGCUCUGCUCUAUUCAAUAUCGCGUUGUCAAAGAAAAUGCUGAUGAUGCUUUUUAUGAGUUGCAAAAUCCCCAAGAGCAGAUCCAGGCUUAUGUGUUUGAUGUGGUUCGAGCUGUUGUUCCCAUAAUGACGUUAGAUGAGCUCUUUGAACAAAAGGGUGAAGUUGCUAAAGCUGUCUUGGAGGAACUUGAGAAGGUGAUGGGAGCUUAUGGAUAUAGCAUAGAGCACAUAUUAAUGGUCGAUAUAAUUCCUGACCCCUCUGUGCGAAAGGCAAUGAAUGAGAUAAAUGCAGCUCAGAGACUUCAGCUUGCUAGUGUGUACAAGGGAGAAGCAGAGAAGGUGCUCCAAAUAAAGAAAGCAGAAGCUGAAGCUGAAGCCAAAUACCUGGGUGGGGUUGGUGUGGCCAGGCAGAGGCAGGCAAUCACUGAUGGCUUGAGAGAGAACAUACUGAACUUCUCUCACAAGGUGGAGGGUACCUCAGCAAAGGAAGUGAUGGAUCUAAUCAUGGUCACUCAAUACUUUGACACGAUUAAAGACCUUGGCAACUCUUCCAAGAACACCACUGUGUUUAUUCCGCAUGGCCCCGGUCAUGUUAGGGAUAUUGGUGAUCAGAUUCGUAAUGGUAUGAUGGAGGCAGCCAGUGCUCAGGUAAAUGUCGAAUAGUUUUCCAACAGUUACCUUCCAAACAUAACUCCCUUCAAAGGAUAUCACAAUGAAAAGUAGAUUUUUUUUUGGGUUUAAUUUAUAGCAAAAGGAAGGUGGUAUUUAUAUAUUGUAGUAUCACGGUGCCAAUAUACAGUCCAUAAAGGUUUGGUUAAUGGGUGUAAAUAAGUUUUUGUACUGUCUGAUGAUGCUAAAUGUUAGAAUUUUGUUUUGCUCGAGGGUA